AUUUAUUGUAGCUGAGGCAAGCCAGCAGCACUCUGAGAAUACAUUUGUUCCAGAUUAUACAGAGUACAUUGUUAAAUUCCAGGUUAGCUUUGGUCAUCUGACUUUCACAUGGAAAACAUUUGACACAUGAACCUGAACAUGUCUGACAUUUUUUAUUCCCUAGUGGAGAGACAGCCAGCAGGAAAAGAUAUUGUGUUCUUGUUGGAUGGAUCUGAUGGUACUAGAACUGGCUUCCCAGCUGUGAAAGACUUUGUCCAAAGAGUUGUAGAGACACUCAGUGUGGAUGACAACAAAGACCGUGUCUCAGUGGUUCAGUACAGCAAAGAGCCAGCUGCCCAAUUCUAUCUGAACACGUACACCACAAAAGGCGACAUCCUUGACACUGUCAGAGGAUUGAGGCACAAAGGUGGAAGACCCCUCAACACUGGAGCAGCUCUCCAGUACUUGAGGGAUAAUGUCUUCACGGCCUCUGCUGGAAGCAGGCUCCAGGAAGGAGUCCCACAGGUCCUAGUUUUGAUAAGUGGUGGAAGGUCUUUUGACAGUGUUGAUGCACCAGCCUCUGCUCUCAAAGAGCUGGGUGUCUUGACCUUUGCAAUUGGAACCAGGAGUGCUGAUAGCAAAGAACUGCAGAAGAUAUCCCACGACCCCAGCUAUGCACUAACUGUGUCUGAAUUCACUGACCUUCCCAAUGUCCAACAACAACUUCAGUCCUCCGUGGAGGCUGUGGUUAUCGAGGUCUCCCCAGAAUCACCACCUGUUCCUGUCGAUACUGCCAAAAAGGAUAUCGUUUUCCUCCUGGAUGGUUCUGAUGGCACACGGAAUGGCUUCCCUGCCAUGCUUGAUUUUGUUAAGAGAGUGGUGGAGAAAUUGAAUGUAGGACCUAACAAUGACCGUGUCUCUGUGGUCCAAUACAGCAGAGAUGCAGAGAUCCAUUUCUAUCUGAACACAUACACCACAAGACAGGAUAUUUUGGAUACAGUCAGAGGGCUGAGACAUAGAGGAGGCAGACCCCUCAACACCGGGGCGGCCCUCCAAUACGUCAGGGACAACGCCUUUACAAACUCCUCCGGGAGCAGGCGCCUGCAAGGUGUUCCACAAAUGUUGAUCCUGCUAAAUGGUGGAAGGUCUUUUGACAAUGUAGAUACCCCAGCCUCUGCUCUCAAACAGCAGGGUGUCUAUGUGAUAGGCAUUGGCACAAGGAACUCUGACACUAGGGAGCUGCAGAAGAUAUCAUAUGACCCUAGUUACACUCUAUCAGUGUCUGAUUUCACUGACCUCCCCAGUGCCCAGGAACAGCUCUCCUCUGUAAUGAACACCGUGCUAACCAGGGCCACGCCCAUCACACCACCAAAAACUGUGGAGAGACAGCCAGCAGGAAAAGAUAUUGUGUUCUUGUUGGAUGGAUCUGAUGGUACUAGAACUGGCUUCCCAGCUGUGAAAGACUUUGUCCAAAGAGUUGUAGAGACACUCAGUGUGGAUGACAACAAAGACCGUGUCUCAGUGGUUCAGUACAGCAAAGAGCCAGCUGCCCAAUUCUAUCUGAACACGUACACCACAAAAGGCGACAUCCUUGACACUGUCAGAGGAUUGAGGCACAAAGGUGGAAGACCCCUCAACACUGGAGCAGCUCUCCAGUACUUGAGGGAUAAUGUCUUCACGGCCUCUGCUGGAAGCAGGCUCCAGGAAGGAGUCCCACAGGUCCUAGUUUUGAUAAGUGGUGGAAGGUCUUUUGACAGUGUUGAUGCACCAGCCUCUGCUCUCAAAGAGCUGGGUGUCUUGACCUUUGCAAUUGGAACCAGGAGUGCUGAUAGCAAAGAACUGCAGAAGAUAUCCCACGACCCCAGCUAUGCACUAACUGUGUCUGAAUUCACUGACCUUCCCAAUGUCCAACAACAACUUCAGUCCUCCGUGGAGGCUGUGGUUAUCGAGGUCUCCCCAGAAUCACCACCUGUUCCUGUCGAUACUGCCAAAAAGGAUAUCGUUUUCCUCCUGGAUGGUUCUGAUGGCACACGGAAUGGCUUCCCUGCCAUGCUUGAUUUUGUUAAGAGAGUGGUGGAGAAAUUGAAUGUAGGACCUAACAAUGACCGUGUCUCUGUGGUCCAAUACAGCAGAGAUGCAGAGAUCCAUUUCUAUCUGAACACAUACACCACAAGACAGGAUAUUUUGGAUACAGUCAGAGGGCUGAGACAUAGAGGAGGCAGACCCCUCAACACCGGGGCGGCCCUCCAAUACGUCAGGGACAACGCCUUUACAAACUCCUCCGGGAGCAGGCGCCUGCAAGGUGUUCCACAAAUGUUGAUCCUGCUAAAUGGUGGAAGGUCUUUUGACAAUGUAGAUACCCCAGCCUCUGCUCUCAAACAGCAGGGUGUCUAUGUGAUAGGCAUUGGCACAAGGAACUCUGACACUAGGGAGCUGCAGAAGAUAUCAUAUGACCCUAGUUACACUCUAUCAGUGUCUGAUUUCACUGACCUCCCCAGUGCCCAGGAACAGCUCUCCUCUGUAAUGAACACAGUGCUAACCAGGGCCCCGCCCGUCACACCCAGAAAAACUGGUAAGAAAGUGACAGAUUUUUAUUUUCCAAGGUCAUGGUAGGAUGCAAAUUGAACAGUAUGACAGUGUAUUUAUUGUAGCUGAGGCAAGCCAGCAGCACUCUGAGAAUACAUUUGUUCCAGAUUAUACAGAGUACAUUGUUAAAUUCCAGGUUAGCUUUGGUCAUCUGACUUUCACAUGGAAAACAUUUGACACAUGAACCUGAACAUGUCUGACAUUUUUUAUUCCCUAGUGGAGAGACAGCCAGCAGGAAAAGAUAUUGUGUUCUUGUUGGAUGGAUCUGAUGGUACUAGAACUGGCUUCCCAGCUGUGAAAGACUUUGUCCAAAGAGUUGUAGAGACACUCAGUGUGGAUGACAACAAAGACCGUGUCUCAGUGGUUCAGUACAGCAAAGAGCCAGCUGCCCAAUUCUAUCUGAACACGUACACCACAAAAGGCGACAUCCUUGACACUG